CAUUGGUUCCGCGCCUGGACGCGGCCCUCCCCUUUUUUUUUCCUCGGCGGCGUAAUGGCUGCUCCCAAGACCCAGGGGACUGCUACCCAAGGGGAGGAGGACGGUGCUGACAACCGUGGCGGAGCCGGUGGUGUCAGUUAUGAGGACAGUAAGGAUUGUAUCCUGGAGCCGCUUUCACUGCCAGAAAGUCCAGGUGGCACCACCAGUUUAGAAGGUUCUCCAUCUGUGCCUUGUAUUUUCUGUGAAGAACAUUUUCCUGUGGAUGAACAAGACAAACUUCUGAAGCACAUGAUUAUUGAACAUAAGAUUGUCAUAGCUGAUGUCAAGUUGGUUGCUGAUUUCCAAAGGUACAUUUUAUAUUGGAGAAAAAGGUUCACUGAACAGCCCGUUACAGAUUUUUGCAGUGUAAUAAGAAUCAAUUCCACAGCUCCAUUUGAAGAACAAGACAAUUAUUUCUUGUUAUGUGAUGUUUUACCAGAAGAUAAAGUUCUCAGAGAAGAGCUUCAGAAACAGAGACUGAAGGAAAUUCUGGAACAACAGCAACAAGAACGAAAUGACAACAAUUUUCACGGCAUUUGUAUGUUUUGCAAUGAGGAAUUCCUCGGAAACAGAUCUGUUCUUUUGAACCACAUGGCCAGAGAACAUGCUUUCAACAUUGGAUUGCCAGACAACAUUGUAAACUGCAAUGAAUUUCUAUGUAUAUUACAGAAAAAGCUUGACAACUUGCAGUGCUUGUACUGCGAGAAGACCUUCAGGGACAAAAAUACACUUAAAGACCAUAUGAGGAAAAAACAGCAUCGUAGGAUAAAUCCUAAGAACAGAGAAUAUGACCGAUUUUAUGUCAUCAAUUAUUUGGAACUUGGAAAAUCAUGGGAAGAAGUUCAACUGGAAGAUGAUCGGGAGUUGCUAGACCAUCAGGAAGAUGACUGGUCUGACUGGGAAGAACACCCUGUCUCUGCUGUCUGCCUAUUUUGUGAAAAGCAAGCAGAAACAAUUGAGAAGUUAUGUGUCCACAUGGAGGAUGCACAUGAAUUUGAUCUCCUCAAAAUAAAGUCAGAACUUGGAUUGAAUUUCUAUCAGCAAGUGAAACUGGUCAAUUUCAUUCGGAGGCAGAUUCACCAAUGUAAAUGUUAUGGCUGCCAUGAGAAAUUCAAGUCCAAAGCUGAUUUAAGGACUCACAUGGAAGAAACUAAACAUACAUCCCUACUUCCUGAAAGGGAGAUAUGGGAUCAGCCACAGUAUUAUUUUCCGACCUAUGAAAAUGACACUCUGCUAUGCACGCUGUCUGACAGUGAAAGUGACCUGACAGCUCAGGAACAAAAUGGAAAUAUUGCCAUCAUUAGUGAAGACACAUCUAAACUGCAUGCUUUGAAACAAAACAGUAUUUUGAAUCAGUUGCUACCACACGAGUGCUUGAAGAACUAGAAGAAACUGCUACAGAAGCAAUGUUUCAUGUUUCCCCCUGUGAGACAGACACGAAAGGAUAAAUGUGAACAUCAGCAAAGGAUUAGUCCUUGGUGAAGUAAACUUUAAAGAAUGAAUGUUCUUUUCAAAAAGUAGAGUAGAAACUAAAUAAAAUGAAGAGUUUUUCUAUUUGGGCUCUAACAUUUUAUUAUGUAAUCAUUGCAAAUGAUCUCAUUUCUUUAGACUGUUAUUUAUCUAUAAUGAGGAGGAUGUGCAAAUCACAAAGAAAUGAAAUGUUCAAAUUAUUUAUAAACCUAAUUUCAACCAGUAGUUCAGUCUUUUCCCCACAGGUUCUCUUCAUCCAGCAAGUCACAAAAUUUGACAGAUGUGUACUUUCCGUACUUCACUGGGUAAGCUGUAUAUAUAGGGACCAAAAGAGGAGCCAGAGAAGAGAGGGAAAAAGGUCAAAGUCCUGGAUAAUGCACCAGUUGGACACUAUUUCAGAGUAAUCAAGAUCUGACUAUAUUAUCAUUGCCAUUUCCUGCCUAAAAUUACUAAACGUUGUAGGAAUGAACAUCAAGUCAAGUAACUUCACUUUCCCCUACAACGUAUACAUUGCUAACAGAUGAUAACCAUUUUUUAAAAGCAUAACCACAGUACCAUUAUGACAUCUAACAACAUUAACAAUAACUUCUUAAUAUUAUAUGUUUUCAGUUUUCCCUAGUUGUCUCAAAAAUGUCUUUUUACAGCAUUGCCUCCUGAGAAGUGCAGUGAGGAGGACAAAAGAUGACUUUUGAGGAUUCCUUCUCAAAAUGUGUAAUGUAAAUUUACUGAAGAAACAUCAAUUAAAACCAAGUAAGGGACACUCUACAAGUAAUUGGCCUUUACUCUUCAAAAAUCAAAGUCAUGAAAAACAAAGACUGAAGUAACUGUUACAGAUUAAAGGAGACUAAAGAGACAUUCACAGUGUAUAAUCCUAGAUUGGAUCCUGGACCAUGAAAAAAUGUUUUUCAAUUGCUGUAAAAGAUACUAGUGGGACAGUUGGCAAAGUUUGAUUAAGGUAAUAAAUAUUAUGAUUUUAUAUUAAUUUCCAGAUUUUCGUAAUUGUACUAUGGUUAUGUAUGAGAAUAUUCUUGUCUUUAAAAAAUACACAUGAAGUAUUUAGGGAUAAAGGAGCAUUUUGUUGGCAACUCACUUUCAAAAAACUAAUAUUAGUAUGUAUAGAGAGAAUGUUAAAUACAGUAAGAUGUUAACAUUUGGAGAAUCUAAAGGGUAUGUGGGAAUUCUCUGUACUGUGGCAACUUUUCUAUACGUCUAAAAAUAUAUCAAAAUAACUUUUUAAAA